CUCCAUGAAUAGACCGGAAAAGAUUCAGCUUACAGAUUUCGAUGUGGUCUCAUAAACUGGACGAAACUCCCACACGAUAAAUUCGUUGCUUUUAAGGAUUACAAACGUUUGGGAAUUCCGACUUUGAGUGUGAUAAUGACGACACUCUAUCUAUAGUCAGCUUUCACUUUUUCAACUGGAGCAGGGAAAUGAAAAGUGCGAUCCAAUAUGGUUAAGCACAACGUUGUUAGCAUAAUUUGGAUGCUCUAUAUCUUGCGCUGCAUAUACGGCGAUGCCCAGGAGACUAAAUUAGUCACUACGCACUUGGAAAAAUCAAAGUCAACAUCUCUAAAUGCAAUUAUAAGCAGCAGUACAGAUGAUUUGGAACCCGCGGCAGCAGAAUCAUACCCCUACAGAUCAUCCAGAUACGCCCACAGGGAAAUCGACUGCAGUUCCUGCAACCAGAUUCCUUGGAUCCCCAUAACUGGCAGAAAGUUACACUUUACGAGUCCAGAGGUUGUAUUUAAUAGUCGCGCAAACAUUCCGGAACACAGGAACUUUUUAUACCCACCGAUUGACCAAUACGGUGCCCCCCAGGGUUACUACGGUGAACCCAAGCAUGGAGAAGUGGCGGAAUUUAUGUUACCUCCUCCCCUUUUCAUCAGAAAACCAUCCUCUUCCCUAAACGCUAUAAAACCCCCAGUUUCGAGUUUUUACUCUAAACCGUCGACGUUCAGUAAAUUGCCCAACUUUGCGUUUGAUUCUCUAGUGGGACCUACUUACCAAUCAAUACUCUAUAGUUCCCCGCAGCCAAGGCUGAACCUGCAUAAACUUCAGCAAAUUGCAUCCGUCAAUAAUUACAGACCCAUCUCUUCAAAUUUCCGACCGCCGCCACCGCCCUAUCAACCACACUCAUUUCCGGGAAUAAACCAUUUGCCUUUAGCUCAAACUCAUUUGCCUUUUGCCACACCUUCGGAUAGCUACGGAAAGCCAGUUCAAAAUUUAAAUUUCGUUCAAAAAACUCAGAGUUCCCACCUGCCGACUGCGAAGCCAUCUGAUAGCUACGGUAACCCAGUUACUGGCAAUCAUUUACCAUAUCUAGACACAAUUACCCUUGCCAGUGGAGACGACCGAGACUACCCAGAUAUUCAAGUGGUGCCAAGCGUGCAGAUAGCGGACUACACGGCAUCGAUCGAGCAUCCGAUCAACCUGAUCCAGUCUCCAUUGUUGGACCUUAUCGCUCGAGACGAAGCCUUAGCGACUCAAGAGAAAAGCAAUUUAGCUGAUAAUAGGAAGCACACUUUGAGCGACAGCGCGGAAGCUUCAACUGAAUUUAAACUUCACGAGAAUCCUAUAUUCGUCAAGGACAUACUUGCGUCUGAGAGUACGAUUAACAGCACCACCAUAAAUACCAAAAGGGACAACGACAAGUUUUUGGGUACGGGAUUUGCUCCAGUAAGUCCAACUAUAGCAAAUGGCGAUAAAAUUCUACAAGGCACUGCAACUGACAAAUACAACCUUGCACAACCUUCGUUGGAGUAUAAUUUAAUAUCCACGGUGAUGUUACCUCCACCUCCCUCAAAGUCAACCUGGAAUUCCGAAAAACUGCCUCCAGCAGAAAUGAAAGACAAAUGGUUUUUGAACAAAAAAUACGACACUUUGUCGCCAACUUUUAAUCCUCCUCCAAUAACUAACGGGAAACCACAGUGGAACAUUUUCACAGAGCAAGAACGUCCGCAGGACGUCAGCUCGAGCACUAAAGUUUACAAUAUUAAAGACUUACUCGCCAAUCAAAGUUCUGCCUUAUAUUUGAAGCACCAUUUGCCUUACGACGUGAUAACUUUACAGAGGAAUAUCGACGACUGGACCCAUCAAUCUUACGCAAAGCACAUUAACUUUGGUGACAAGAUACGCAAGUUUAAAGAAGUGAAACAGAUUCCUGACAAGUACUUAACCACCCAUAAUUACGACGUUGAUCAUUUGGCGGCAGGUUCAUCAAGGGAAGAAUCAAUUAGCAACGAGAUUGAAAGUAAUUCGAUCGACUCCGAUGAAUCAAUCACUACCACCAGUUUACCUUUUAUAAGAUACGUACCGACGACUGAAAAUGUCUCUCAAUGGAAUACCUCUCAAGUAUUACUUUCGAACGUUACUCAAGAAAAAGUGUACAUUGUUACGCCACAAAGUAAAGUAGCAGUGACUCCAACUCCUACGACUGCUUUCAGUAUGGCUCCGAAGAUCCAGAACGGGAAAGUUAACAUGGCUUCGACCAUGACCAAAAUUAGCAUCAGGGUAGAACCUCAGAGCGAGACAAGAGUGGGGAACGAAAUUUUAACGAAUCCCAUAAAGGUGGUCUACAGCGAAUGGCCUCACUUAAUAAAUAAUUUAGAGACCACCACAUCUACAGUACGACCUACCUCGAGUCAUCCCUUGCUAGGACUUAUGGGUCUUUAUUCUUACAACCCUCCACCAGAUUCUACCGUGGAAACCAUUUCUGGCCAUUCAAAGGUGUCCACAGUAGUUACCCCAGCGAAUUCCCAUCAGCAGGGUAUGCCUUCGACAGAAGAGCCGUUAAUAGCAAACAUUGAAGGAUUAUGAAAACUGUUUUUGUUUCUUCUUUUUCUAUUUAAUUUAUUUUGUAUGAUAUGGAUAAAAAUAAAUGAGUAUUA